GACAUCGACGCCGCCGCCCCCUCCGCCUCCACCAUCCAGCAUCCCCCGAAGCCGCCGCCGCCGCCUGCCCGCCCGCCUCCCAACCCGUUGUUCCGGGCUCCGAGGAUUCUCGCGCCGCGCUGGAUGGCGAGGGAGCUCGGCAGCGGCGCGUUCUGGCGCACCCCGGCGCGGGCUCCCGCCCCGAGGCUCGGGGGCGACGAAAACGCCCCGCCGCCGGGCGCUUCGGAUGCCCCCGCCCCAGCGGAGCCCGGCGCCGCCUCCCGGCCUCCCCUCCGCGCCAUCCAGCCGCCGCGGCAGCCCCGGUGGGCGGUGCCGACGCCAAAGAGAGGUCUGUGGGCGGCUAGACCUUCGAGCAAGACGCCGGCGCGGUGCGGCGCAGCGAGCACUCCCCUUGGGCCCACCAAGAGCCUGCGGAAGCCGGCGUCGAGGUCGGGGUUCUCGACGGCGGGGGCCGGGGCCAGUUCUGCCGAGGUGCCGCCUUCCAAGGUCCGAGAUGCCAUCUUGUUCUGGGAGGAGAAUCGCAAUCUGCAGAAUGUUUCGCCAACAUUGCAGCAACAUGACUCUCAACCACCUGCAAAGGUAGCAUACUGCUCUGAGGAGGGUUUCAUGAGGAACUCAGAUAUAUUAAGCCUGCAGCUGGAGCUGGACAUAAUUAAAACAAUUCUUGUGGAAGAGAUAAAAGCACGAGCAGAAAUUGAAGUCAGGACAUCUGCUUUAGGUGAUGAGCUGAAAGCAGCAAAUUUACAUAUCCUUGAAGCUUACAGGCAGAAGGAAGACAAAGAAAUGGAACUGAACAGUGCAAAGUCUGUUAUCGAUGCUCUUGAAUCACAGCAGAUUAUUUUGAUUAAUGAAGUAGAUGAACUGAAGAAGAAUUCUCGCAGUUCUGCUGAGCAAGAAAAGGAUGAAGCCUGUAGGCAAGUUGAGAUGGAAUGUGCUGAGGUGAUUAUAUCCUUACAAAAAGACCUAUCAUCAGCCCGACAGCAGCUAGAUGCCAGUAAAAAAAACGAGCUGUUGGUUAAACAAAGCCUUGGUGAAUUUGAUAAAAUAGAGCUUUUGUUGGACGAGUCCAUCAAAACACUCGUGCAGAAGGAGGUUCUUGAACAAAACUAUGUUCCUUUGCUAAGGGGGAUGGAAGAAGAGAUUAGUCGGCUACAGUCACAGCUAGACCAGUCAGACAGAUGCUACAAAGUUAGACUGAAAGAACUGCAAAUAAAGAUGGAAGAAGUGGAUGACAGGGCUUCGGCAACACUUGUCUCAUGGAAUAAAGAAAGAGAGAUAGCGGAACAAAGGAAGGCAUAUGCUGAAGAGAAGAAUGAAGAAGUCAAGCUGUUGGAGCGGUCAAUUGAGGAUCUUGAGAUUACUGUAUGCACAUUGGAAAAAAAGAUGGACAUCAUGAAGGAAGAAGUAGAACAUCAAAGAAGGCAGCGAGGAAAAAUAGAAGUGGAGCUGCAGAUUGUCAGGCAACAAUUGGGAGAUGUGCCAUCCUCUGGGAAAGCAAGAAGCUUCUUGGAAGAUGGAAUAAUUGAUUUAGCUGACUCAACUAGGCACCAGAAUGAUAUGAAUAGUGAGCUACUGGGUGCUCAGGAGAGUAGAAUAUUUCAGAGAGAGGUUUCUGUUGAGUCAGCUCCUCAAGUGGAGCACCCGAAGGAACCUUUUUCAGAUGACUGCAUGCAAGAGUCUGACCAGUCAGAUGUAGAGAUGGAAAAAGCACGAUUAUCAGAUAUGGAUAAUUGGUCAGAUAACUCAAAGUUUGAGCGCCCUUGUGCAAGUGAGGAGUUGGAGCAGAACAGUGCAAGUAAGCAGCCUGAGUUAUUUGGCAAUGGUGCAGAUAGUGAUCAGCCCCUGCCUGCUUUUGAUUCAGAGCAAGUGCGACCAACAGCUGUGGAGCCAGUGAUUGAAGUUCUGAAGGAGAAUGAGUUGCCUCCAGUUUCCACAGUGCGGCCCAAUGAUCCUGUGAACUACAUGAGGGCCCCUUCUGAUGAGCUGAAGAGGCUCAGAAGCAGGAACCACUAUGAGGGUCAUAGGACAGCAACAGAUAGGAGAUUCUGGUCCAUAGAGCAGCAGGACUUAUAUACCUCCAUAUACAGUAAGGCCAAAUUGUUUGGUAUGAAGUGGAUAGACUGGGAACAUAUUGAUAGCAUAGAUCAGUUUGCUUGUGUCAGGGAGCAAUGUGCCCAUCUGGGGCUUGAGCAGAUCAUGAGUUACUGUUGUGAUUGGAACAGUGAGCUGAUUAGGCAGUUUUACUCUACAGUUCACAUCAGUGCCGACAAGAGCUCUAUGACUUGGAUGGCAGAUGGUAGGAGGAUCACCACCAACAAGAAAGCAUGGGAAGAGAGGUUUGGCAUUCCUGGCGGUGUUCACACUGAGAUUCACUCGCAGUUUUUGCUUGAUGAUGAUGACAAGAAGAUCCUGUACACAGCUGCAGAAUUCACACUUGGCCAAAUCAGUGGCCUCUCUCCUUUGGCUAGCAUAGCCAAUAAGAUUAUUAGGACGACCAUCUAUCCGAAGUCUGGAAAUACACUUCACGCACAUAAUUGGAACGUCCUAUAUCACAUUGUGGAGCAGCAUCCAUUUGACAUAAUUGCUUUGAUCUUUGGUGAGAUAGAAUUGUUUAUUUCGGAUCGCAAUCGCACUAAGGACCUGCUGUUAUAUGCACCAUACAUCAUGGGGAUGAUUAUGAGAGCAUUUGAAUACGACGGACCUAGAGAAUCCAGGCACCAGUCCUACAAACCCAGGCAUUCCUACAAGCUGAAACGAACAAAAAAAGCUAGUCGUCCACCAGCACAUACAGUACCUGCAACCUUUGAGCAACCUCCUUCAACAUUUCAGCCAGAGGUUGAGGCAGCCGGACCAUCCCUUCAGGCUACUACUCCAACACUGUCUCCGACUCCAGCAGUUUCUUCUGAGCAGGCCAGCAGGAUGCGUGUUGACAACUUCGGUGUCUCAGCUCAACCAGCUCUUGUGAGUUCAACUCCUUUUAGUCAGCCAGUUCUUGUGAGGCGAAGUCCUUUUAGUCGCUUUCCUUGGUAUCAAAUGGAGAAGUGAUGGAUAUAGGUGUGACCGUCUUAGUAGGGCACGGUGGCUAUAUAUCCUGCACUCAGUAUCUCAGUUAUUUUGUGUGCGUAUAUAUAUCUUGGAUUUCCCUGUACAUUUCUUGUAUAAGGAAAGACCUUUGAGAAGCUUAUCCCGUGUCAUGCUGAUUGAGACUUGAGAAAUUAGCAUUAUGAUGACAAGCACCCAGUGUUGAUGAUGUUUUAGCAUUGACCCUUGAAUCUUGCAAAUACUACAGCUUUGAUCUUCGUUCAGUUUGUUUA